AAUGAGACUUUGUUACAUUACCGCCAUCAUAAGCAUCGCGUUUGACGUUUAUUUUCGAAGCGUUACUACCGUAUUCCGACACUGAAAAUGAGCAAAGGUAAUAUCAACGAUCUACCACGUGAAGUUCUAGAAGACGUUUUCCGAUAUCUGGAUGGAAAAAAUAUGAAAAACGCGACAUUGACAUGCAAAUGGUGGAAAGAAUUGAUCGAAUUUGCAUGUCGAUGGUCACUGGAGCUAGACUAUUCUGACAAAGCUAGAUUUUUGCGGAAGGACACUUCUUACGACACGGAUCACAAGAUCAAUUUUAUCCUGACGACAAAACGAAAAUUUGGAACAAUCAGAAUUAUCGGAGGCCAUUUAACGGAGCAUACACAAAUUCAAGAACUAUUCCGGACACACGGCUUCUGUGUCGUCAAGCUGUGUUUGUUGUUCUGUUCCAUAGACAACGUCGUUGCAUUCGCUGAACUUUUAAACGCUACUCCAAAUUUGAAGCACGCCGUGAUGAUGAAUGUACACAGUGUACGUGAUGAGCAACUUGGUGGAGUUUCGCCGGAUCUGAAAAAAUUGAAAACAUUGGAGAUGUCAGACGUCCAGGAUCACCGGAUCUUUGAAUGCUUUAAAAAUGCAAAGCUCACGACAAUAAAAAUUUGGGAAGAAGAACCUUCGCAACAUCUCGGCGCAUUGGAAAAUUUCCUUUCAUCUCAGGAUAUGUUGACGUCAUUGAACGUUCAUUGGAGCUGCAGGAUACUGGCUGAGAUGGGAAAAUUGGAGGUUCCGGUUCCAUUUCGGCUGAGGCGGUUAUCGAUUUCAGACUUGUAUUUGCGAAAUACACCGAUCGACCAGCACCACUUAAUGACGUUUAUUCAAUCACAGGCGGAACUUUUAGAAGAAAUGGAAAUCGGUUUCGGGAUUCCACCUUUAGUUUAUGAAUACGUCUUCACCAGAAUGAAGAAAUUAAACACUUUGAAAUUGGAAGUCGGUCCAAUACCCCAUGACCCCGACUUUUACGACCAAUUGCCGGAGAAUGGCAGUGUUCGAGCCCUAAACUUACUGGAUAAUGAGUUGAAUGAAAUUAAAUUCGUUUCAUUGGCUAAUUUCGUUAAGAAACUCCCUGGCGUUCGCAGUCUAAUUGUGCCAUUUGCCAAAUUUUACGCGAGCAAAAAUGCACUGAUAGCAAUGGCACAAAAUUUAAGCCAUGUCGAGUCGCUUUCCAUUGGCACAGUAAAUGAAAAUUCAGUCGAUUUUGUCAAAUUUCCUCAUCUCAAAACGCUGCACAUUCAACUUUUGCGUGUCAAAGUUGAUUGGAAUGUAUUCAGUAAGAACCAUCCGCGGUUGGCAGAAUUAUCCAUAGAGGAAAUGGAAAAGUCGUAUUUCACUAGCGACGAUAUCGACCGAAUAACGACCAAUGUUGACCUACGGAUCAUAAGACUUGGUGCCGGUUUUGUGGCUGACAAUCGCUUCUUCGAAAUUAUUCGCGCAAAGUGUGCAAACUUGAAUGUUUUGGACUUGCACGAGUCGUGCAUACCACAUGGAUUAAAAGCUAUAAAGGCCAUCGAAUGAUCAAAAUAUUCACAAAUGACGAAAGUUUGUCCCACUCGUUUGAUAUUUAUUUUAGUGACUUUCAUAUGUUCAAUCUCAAAUUUCCUGUAAAUUUCAUCGAAAAAUAAAUGAAAUUG